UGUCUUCUCUGGAGGUGCGUCCGAGCCAUGGCCACUGCCAAUCCCUGGGACCCGGCAUCUGCGCCUAACGGCGCUGGGCUAGUGCUUGGCCACUUCGUAGCUUCGGGGAUGGUCACUCAGACUAUGGGCCUGCUAUUCCUAUGUACCAAAACUCUUUGUGACAUACUGCUACUUUCCUUUUUCAUUUACCAAUAGGAGAUGUUAAACACAUCUAAGAAAACAGCUUCUUGUUUUGUGAACUUCUCCAGAUUACAGCAGAUCACAAAUAUUCAAGCUGAAAUCUACCAGAAAAACCUGGAAAUUGAACUCCUGAAACUAGAAAAAGAUACAGCAGAUGUUGUUCAUCCUUUCUUUUUGGCUCAGAAGUGUCAUACUCUGCAAAGCAUGAAUAAUCAUUUGGAAGCAGUGCUGAAAGAGAAGAGAUCCCUUAGGCAAAGACUGUUGAAACCCAUGUGCCAGGAGAACUUACCUAUUGAAGCUGUUUAUCACAGAUAUAUGGUACAUUUACUGGAGUUUGCUGUGACUUUCAUUGAGAGAUUAGAAACCCACCUUGAAACAAUUAGAAAUAUUCCUCAUUUAGCUGCAAAUCUAAAGAAAAUGAGCAAGGCUUUAGCAAAGAUGGAUAUUUUGGUGACUGAGACAGAAGAAUUGGCAGAGAAUAUACUCAAGUGGCGUAAACAACAAAAGGAAGUUUGCUCUUAUAUCCCCAAAAUAUUAGCUGAAGAAAAUUAUCUUUAUACACAUGAUAUUAUAAUGCCUCCUUUUCCUUUUACUUCUAAUGUUCAUGUCCAAACUGUUAAUGCCAAGUAAUCAUCAACUUCAUUUUUGCUUAAUUAUGAGUAGUCAUAUGAAGUCUAUUUUGAAUUGACUAUAUAACAUGGUUAUUAAUAGUCUUUGCUGCUAGUAAUACUGAAAGAACCUGCUUUAUAUUAGAGUAUCAAGAUCUCAGGUUCAUUAAGACCAAACUGACUUUUCUUUUGUUUUUCAUAUAUUUUCAUUCUACUUUUCAGUACAACUAGAGAAGAUUAAAAAAUAGCCAUGACAAUUUAUUAACAUAAGUGAAUUAACCAUUUCUCAGGCAGAAAAUUCUCUAUUAUGUCUGUUUUAAAAAAUGUGUGUUUAUAGCAGGGUGUGAUGGCUCACACCUGCAAUCCUAAUAAGUUGGGAGACUGAGGUGGACAGAUGGCUUGAACCCUGGAGUUCAAGUCCAACCGGGGUAACGUGAUGAAAUCCCAUAUCUACAAAAUAUACAAAAAAUUAGCCGAGCAUGGUGGUGCAUGCCAGUAGUCCCAGCUAUUCGGGAGGCUGAGGUAGGAGGAUCACCUAAGCCUGGGAGUGCAUGGUUGCAAUGAGAAUGAUCACACCACUACAGUAUAGCCUAGGUAACACAGAAAGACCCCCAUUUCAAAAAAAAAAAAAUGUGUUUCUGGCCAGGGUCAUUGGCUUACACCUGUAAUCCCAGCACUUAGGGAGGCCAAGGUGGGUGGAUCACCUGAGGUCAGGAGUUUGAGAUCAGCCUAGCCAACAUGGUGAAACACCAUCUCUACUAAAGAUACAAAAUUUAGGCCAGGCGUGGUGGCUCAUGCCUGUAAUCCCAGCACAUUGGGAGGCCAGCCCAGGUGGGUGGAUCACCUGAGGUCAGGAGUUCGAGACCAACCUGGACAACAUGGUGAAACCCUGUCUACUAAAAAUACAAAAAAAUCAGCCGGGCAUGGUGGUGGAUGCCUGUAAUCCCAGCUACUUGGGAGGCUGAGGCAGAAGAAUUGCUAGAAUCUGGGAGGCAGAGGUUGCAGUGAGCUGAGAUGGCACCACUGCACUCCAGCCUGGGCAGCAGAGCAAGACUCAGUCUUCAAAAAAAUAAAAAAUUAAUACAAAGCACAAGAAUUACCUGGGCGUGGUGGCAUGCAACUGCAAUCUCAGCUACUCAGAAAGCUGAGGCAGGAAAAUCACUUGAACCUGGGUGAUGAAGAUUUCAGUGAGCCCAGAUUGCACCACUGCACUCCAGCGUGGGCAACAAAGUGAGACUCUGUCUCAAAAAACAAACAAAAAACAGGUGUUUCUGAAUUAGAAUGGUCUUCUUGAAUCUAAAAAUGUCUAUGGUGAUUGUUCCUGUGGGAGUGUCACUAAGUAUGCAGAAAAGAGUAACAGCCAGCCUGACUUAUCCUUUGAAAGGCCUUAUUGAUUAUAAGGUUCAUCCUUGGCUGUUGCAUCUGGGAACUUAGAUAUCAAAAGAUGUCUUAGUCUUUUCUGCUCUCAUAACACAAUUACACAGACUAGGUAGUUUAUAAUGAACAGAAGUUUAUUAGGCAGUCCAAGAACAUGGUACCAGCAUCUAGCGUGGGUCUUGCCAUGACAAAAGGCAUCACAUGGCAAGUGAGCACGAGAAAGAUAUAUGGGGCUAAAUUUAGCCUUUUAUCCUGAGCCCACUCCUGAGAUAGCAACACUAAUUCAUUAAUGACGGCCAAGCCCUCCUUACCUAAUCACCUUUUAAAGGUCUCUUAACACUUUUACAAUGUCAAUUUAAUUUACAGCACUUUAGUUCGGGUGACAUAUUUAAACCUUAGCAGGAGGGCUUCACUCACUAAAAAGAGUGGCUCAUGGUAACUAAGCUGUUUGUACAAUGUGGUUUGUGCUGAACACCUGCUUUCCUCCUGGGAGUCUACAGUUUUGGUACAUGGUAGGUAGAAGGUACCUAAGUGACCAGCCCCCAAUAAAAACCCUGGGCACUCUCUCUCUAACAAGCUUCCCUGGUAAACAACAUUUCUUACGUGUUGUUACAAUUCAGUUGCUGGUGAAAUGAAACAACACAUAUGUGUGACUCCACGGUUAGAGGACUCUGGGAGCUUGUGCCUGGUGUCCCCCAGACUUUGCCUCUGUACCUUUCUCUUUCCUGUUUCGCUUCAUAUGCUUUUGCUGUAAUAAAUCAUAGAUGCAUGAUGCUAUGCUGAGUCCUGUGAAUUCUACCUGGAAAUCAUGAGAUCUGGAGGUAGUCUUGGAGAUCCUGGCACACUAAGCAGAGUUCCUGACUGUUUACUGGCAGCUGCAGGAAUAGGCAAAGAAGAAACUGCAAAGAAAAAGGCACAUUGUGGUAACUUUGGAGGUUUAUCUUUCAGAUAUUUUACCUAUCUGAGGUUACUGUGUAUAUAAUAGAGUGUGAUAUACUAACAACUGCCUCAGGAUAUACUCAUUUUUUAUCAGUAUUGUAACUAUCCCUGGCUUAUUUUACUUUUAGAGUUGGGGUUUUGUUUUGCUUUAAAAUGAGUACAUCAGUUUUGUUUUUAUCUUUUUUUCUUUUUUCUAAGACAGGAUCUCACCUGUCACCCAGACUGCUGGAGUGUGGUAUGGCCUAAUCUCGGCUCACAGCAGGCUUGACCUCUCAGGCUCAAGUGAUCCUUCUACCGCAGCCUCCCAAGUAGCUGGGACUAUAGGCACACGCCACCAUGCCUGGCUGAUUUUUGAAUUUUCUGUAGAGACGGGAUUUCGCUGUGUUGUCAAGGCUGGUCUCGAACUCCUAGUUUGAAACAAUCCUCCCACCUCAGCCUCCCAAAGUGCUGGGAGUACAGGUGUGAGCCACCAUGCCUGGUCUCAUCACACCCCUUGACACAAGAAGACUUCAACAAUGAUGAGUAAAGUGGUUGUUUAUAAGGAAGCAGGCGGAUUACCAAAAUAAAUCCUGCUAAAACACCAGGUAUCAUGUUUUAAAGCCUACUUUGCUAAUUUUACCUGAUAGGGUAAGAGUGGUCGUAAUAUCAUGAACAUUACAUAGACACUUCCGUAAAGCCUUUGGUUAUAUUUCAUCAAAAACCUGUUCAUACCCCACUUUGGUUUUAAAACAUCUUACUGUGCUUCUUCUUCAUGUUAUUUCCUAUAUUCAUUUGUAUGUGUGUAUAUCACAAAUACUGAUAUGCCUGGUUAUUUUUGUUUUCCAUUAUAUCUUUUUCAAAAUGUAAAAAUAAACCUGUAAUUUCUAACUAAAAUUUUGUAGCCCCAGUCUGAAUCUAAAGUGAUAGAAUGAUCUGAUGCACUCUGUAGCUUAUACAGUAUAGGCAUGCAGGCAAUCUGAAUCAAAAGAGCUUGAGGUAAGUUAAGCCUGAGGUCUACUUCAAAGGAAAAAGUUAAUUUAAUACCCUUCCAGAGUCAAUCAGUGCUGAUUAAUUUUUCUUUAAUUAUUUUUCUUUAACUUUUAUAUAGGUAGAUACUAAAAACAAAAAAUUAGCUUUGUGUGUCUUUUUUUUUUUUUUUGAGAUGGUCUUGCUCUUACCCAAGCUGGAGUGCAGUGGCACAAUCACAGCUCACUGCAUUCUCAACCUCCUGGGCUCAGUAGAUCCCUACAUCUCAGCCUCCCAAGUAGCUGGGAAUACAACUGUGCCCCACCACACCCAGCUAAUUAAACAUUUUUUUUUGUAGAGAUGGGGUCUUGCCAUGUUGCCCAGGCUGUUCUUGAACUCCUGGGUUCAAGUGAUCUUAGCCUCCCAAAGUGCUGGGAUUAUGGGUGUGAGCCCCUUGCAUCCAGCCUACCUACUUACACUAGGAGAGGUGUGUGAAAUUUGAAAAUUUACUGCCAGCAUAAUAGAGAUGCCAGUUUGUGAAGACCAUUCUGAAGGAAUUGAGAUGCUGCUAGUUUUCCUAGCAUUUCUCUUAUUUUAUUUCUUUCUCUGUGUAACUACCAGUCUGACCCCUAUUAUAUCCUCUGAAACCUUCAAUGAAGUCAGGAAGAUAGUCUGAGGAAUAGCAGAACCUAAAAGAUUUCUUGACAUGCAAAAUCUAUAAUAGAGUUGAGAUUUUAAUAAGACUGUCAUUAGUGUAUUGUGGGAUUUCUUCACAUAUCAGUAAAACACAUGAAUUUACAUGAAAGAUUUAUCCCACAGUCUGGGGAAUCCUCUAAUUGAGUUUACUGAAAAAAUUAUACGUUUGACUCCUGAGCAACUUUUCUCCAAUAACUAUGCUACAGAUAGCCAUAAGCAAACAGUAGCAACAGACUCUCCUGAAGGACUUACAGAAAAUAAAGAGCAAGAUUCUGUAGAUGAGAAAAUUACUUUCCCUUCUGACAUUAAUCCUCAAGUUUUCUAUGAACUACCAGAAGUAGUACAAAAGGAACUGCUGGCAGAGUGGAAGAGAACAGGAUCAGAUUUCCACAUUGGACAUAAAUAAGCAUAUUCAGCAAAAAGUUCUGAAAAGCAAGGGAAUACCAUUAUUUUUGGAUUAGUGGUUUAUUAAGCUCUUCUAUAUUAAACACUAAUAAAUAUUCAAUAAUGGAGUAAACUGUUCCAGAUAAAGCAGGAAUAGUUACAGGAAGUAAAUUCUGGCACAAAGCAUAAAAAUAUUUAUAACAAAAAAUGUAAAAUGCUAUCUUCUAUGUCUAAAGCCAUUUUAUGUUGCUUUUCAAUAAAAAGAAUAUCAUGGUCGUCAACAACAACAAAAAACUUUGAAGCGCACAGGAAUAUGCAAUUUUUAAAAAUAAAUAUAUUGGAAAUUUGGAACUAAGUGAGUUGAAAAAUUCACAGAUGAACUGUGGCCUACAGAUAUCAAAAAAAUUAAAGGGUAUGAAUGCAUAAAAUAUAUGUAAAUACUAGUCUUUUAUCAUUUACUACCACAAAAUACACAAAUCUAUUAAAAGUUAAACUUUAUGAAAACAUACAGACUACAUGUAAACAAAUUUAAAAUGCAGUAUUAAAGCAUAACUAUAAAGUUAACUAAUACAUACUGUACUACUGUAAUAAUUUUGUAAUUGCCUCCUGUUGCUGUUUUAGUGAGUGAAGUGUUGCCAGUAUCUGCUUAAAACCCUGUGAUGCUAAUCAUCCAAGUAGUUCCUCUCUUCAGUAGACUGUAUCACAAUAAAAAGUGAUCUCUUGA